AUGGUUUUUAGAUCUCUAUGUAGGUUGACAAGAGCCUUAUCUUUUAAGCCUACCAUUAGAUAUUCUAAACCUUUACCAGUGAGAUUCACCAAUUUUAAUUCUAUCAGAUAUUUUGCAACCCAACAAAACUCGAUUGAAGCACUUCAAUACGAGGUUCAAAGAGCUGAAAAAGAGCACGGCGAAGAUAGCAUAAAACUUAUUGUCCCUUAUAACAAGCUAGGCGUAGCGUUUCGAGAAAAAGGAGAUUUGCCGAAAGCUGCUAUUUAUAUUGAGAAAUCAUUAAGAAUAGCUGAGAAAGAGCUUGGAGGUGAUCAUCAAGAGCUUACCAUUGGGUUCAGUACUUUAGGUCAUAUAUUUAGGGAAAUAGGAAAUAUCAAAGCAGCUAUUUUAUACUAUGAAAAAGCACUGAACAUAGAAAAGGCAAAAUUUGGCGAAAACAGCAAAGAAGUCGCAUUGACUCUUAAUAAUAUCGCAAACCUCUAUAAGUAUGAUGGAAAUCUUGAAAAAGCUGAAGAAUACUUAAAACUAGCUUUACCCUACAUGCAGCAGCAAGUCGACGGCAAUGAUCCAGACGUGGCUAUCUAUUUUCUUAAUUUUGGCUAUGUCGCUUCAUUAAAGUCAAAAGUUGCUGAGUCUAUUGAUUAUUAUCAAAAGGGUAGGAAAAUAUUUGAAAGAGUUACAGGACCAAACUCAGCUGAUGUUGCUGAUGUUGAAACCCAUAUCGCAUAUGUUCACUGGAAUGCUGGAAAGUUUGAGGAUGCUAAAAGGCACUUACAAAAUUCAAUAAACAUCAGAGAAACUUUAAGGCUCCUUGAUGCUAAUUUGAUUGAGCUAUAUAAAAAAUUGGGAUUUCUCUUGAAAGAUAUGAAAAAUAUAAAGGAUUCUAACGAAGCCUUUGAAAGAGGAGCAACCAUUGUAAAAGGCUCGCGUGGGGAGAAUAGCUCAUCUUUAGCUUACUAUUAUAAUGAUAUUGGGAACAAUUUCAGACUGCUUGGCGAUAAGAGAUUUUCCAAGCCAUUCUUUGAUAAGUCCUUAGAAAUAUUGAAAAAUAUUCCUCAGGAAAACACAAAAGAAAUGUCUCUUUGCUAUGAAAACUUAUCACAAUUUGCGUAUACUAACAAAGAAUUUGAUAAUGCUAUUGAAUAUGGGCAUAGAUCUCUUGAAAUAAAGAGAAAUGCUAAAGUCGGCAAGCAGGAGAUGGCCUAUUCUUAUGCUGGGCUUGGGUCAAUUUAUCAUGCUAAAGGGGAUCUUAAAGAAGCUGAGUCGUACUUAAUGCAAGCGAAAUCUAUAGCAGAAGAGUCAACAAAUAUCGAUCAAUCUAUAUUAGAUUCCAUCUAUACAACACUAGGGCUUUUAUAUAGAGACCAAGAAAAAUAUCCUGAAUCGAUAGAAUCCCAUCAAAAAACAAUUGAAUUAAAAGUCAAAAAUCUAGGAGAGCUUCAUCCAGCUACCGCUAACACUUAUGCGCAUAUAGGAAUUUCAUAUGAAAAAUGGGACAAAAUACCAGAGGCUGUAGAGGCAUUCAAAAAGGCUAUAGAAAUGAUUAGAUUAGAUUAACGCUUGGCAUGUAUAGUCCCACUUCCUGAAGUUCAUGCGUUCAGCAGGUGAACGCCUGCGGGGUGGCUCCCUAAAGGCAGUUUGAGAUCAGGCCUAAACCCCCGGUUUCUUUGUAGAGGCAUUUUCCCUCCAUAUCUAAAAAAACCAGAUUUUGCAGGGAAUCUCCAUUUUUAAACCUAGGUGUCAGAAUUACCCCUCAUAGCUCAGGCAACAAUCCAUUUUCGGGACCCUUUUCAGCUGGAGAGACUAGCGCUGAGUUACUUGUUUAGUUUGUCUUCCCUUUUCUUUGGAUCAUCUCGGAGGAAAAAAACUUAAUGUGCUUUCGCAGAUUUGUGACAGGCCACAAAAGCAGCUUAGGGCAGUUAAGUCGUCCCUGCCUCUAUCGGAUACCCUUUCUGAGCCCCGGGGUACUGCUGACAAAAAAUGUAAAAAACUGCCAAUCGAGCCAGACCACUAAUCAGCGAAAAUAUUGUUGGGCCUCUUUCUUCAAGGCUAGCCUAAUCCUUGCAGUUCCUUGCCCUAAAAACCAUAUCCGAAUAUUUAUUAGGGCGCCGCCUCAGGGAGGACGGGCUUCUCAUCACCGGCCAUUUUAUGUAUAUUAUAGAAAUUAAUGAAAAAACAGUAGGAAGAAAGCAUGCAUCUACAUCUACUUAUAUUGAUUUAUUAGGAGAUGCCUAUAGAAAAUCAGGUCAGGUUGAAGACGCUCUUAGAGAGCACAAUACAGCACUUGAAAUCAGAAAAGAAUCUGUCGGAGAAAAAAAUUUCAUGGUCGCAUUGUCAUAUAAUAAUCUUGCCUUUGACUAUAGAGCUUUAAAAGAUUGGGACAAAGCUAUAGAAUUCCAUGAAAAAGCAAGCCAAAUUUAUUUGCAGUUGUAUGGAAAUCAGCAUACCUAUUAUGGAGGAGGAUAUAUUUUACUUGGAGAAGUCUAUGAGAUGAAAGGAGAUAAGAAAAGUGCUAUCGAAAAUUAUACAAAAGGCAUACAAUUUUUCAUUAAUUUAUAUGGAGAAAAUAAUGAUUUGGUCAGAAAAAUGCAAAAGAAAAUUGAAGACCUAAAAAGCUAA